CGCAGUCGCUGCGAGAUCGCGGCGCGUGCGACAGCAGGAGAAUUUCAAAUCGGGGACGUCGGAGAUUUCAACGAUGGAUUUUCCUGUUCUUCUACUUUUCCUCCUCGCAAUAAAAAUCGCCAGCGGCAAAGCUCCGUUUUUUGACGAGGGAGAAAACCUGAGCGUGGCGAACUGCGGCAUUUGGCACCGACACGAAAACCGGAGCGCGUGGCUCGCGUAUGUGCGACACGAGCACGAGCACUGCUACGGAAUCGUCGUUUCGCAAACCACCAUCCUCACGCACAAACCAGUCGAAUGCCGAAUUAAAUCGAGUGACGUGCAAAAAGUGCUGGUCUUUGUCGGCAAGUGCGCCAGCGAGAUGAUGUUCGACAAGAAAGAGUGCCUCGGAAAAAACGUCAAAGUAAAGGAGGUGAUUUCGUUGAGCCAAAACGAGAGAGCGGGCGAAGACGGAAUUUUGGUGCGUCUGUACAAAACGGAGCAAAUGCCGAGUGGCGCAAUUCCAAUUUGUCUGUUCAACCGCGAAAGGACAAUCGACUCGGACUAUUUUACUCUGCAGCAGAAUCCGGGUGCAAACUGGUGGCAUUCGUUGCUUCCGCAAACUCUGGCUCCUCGAGAGACGUGUUUAAAAAAUCAAAGCAGAGAAGACGCAAAAGAACUCGCCAACUGGAAUGUUCUGCCUAAAAAUGUAAUCUGCGUGCAAGAUUCGGUUUCUGCUGGAGCCCACACAGGACGCUACUUGGUCAAUUUUCACAACGGAAGAUACUUCUUGCGGGGACUGAGGCUGAACAAAAACCAUUUAGACAUCUUUUUGGACAUUUUGCAGUACAUCCGGUCGAUCGCGGCGAACACGAAUGACAUUUCGGUCUUUCCCUCCACGCCGCCAGACAUAACUGCGAUGAAAAGAUUCAGCAACGCAGACAACCUCAGCUUUGCCGAUUGUGGCACGAAGAAAUCGGGCAGCAGGCAGAAACGGGAUGAUCGGGUGGUCCAGUUCGUCUACUCAGGGUUCCAAGCGCGCGAAGACGCUCAUCCGUGGCACGCGCUUGUCCGAAACAAUGCUCUCGGAUUGCUCUGUGGAGGAACUCUCAUUUCCAAACAGACAGUUCUGACAGCGGCUCACUGCAUUUUCAAGAAUAACCCGAGAGACUACGAGGUGACGAUCGGAAAGUACGACACUUAUUCAAGCAGUGACGCGAAAAUCCAGACUCUAAAACCGAGCAGACUGGUCACGCACCCCAACUACGUGGGCGGGCAGUUCCAUUUCGACGUCGGUCUCAUCAUUUUCGAGACGGGAUUUCAAAUCACGGAGCACGUGCGUCCCAUUUGCCUGUGGAACGAGGGAUCCGACCUGGAGCGCGUCGCUAAUAAAUCGGCAGUGUUGGUCGGCUUCGGGCUUGCCGAGAACUUUUCGGUGCCGACGACGCUGCAGGAGGCACAACUGGCCAUUCGCUCCAACAGAGAGUGCUACCUGAGCGACAGACCCUUUUUCGGGAAGCAACUCAAGCCAGGAGACAACUUCUGCGCCGGACACACCAAAGGCGCGAGCGCCUGCGUCGGAGACAGCGGGGGCAGCCUGUCCAUUGGCGGGAAAAACGGCCGCUGGUUCGUCAGGGGCGUGGUCAGCGCGGGAAAGGCGAAAGUGAUCAUUCGCGGAGGAAAGAAGGAAACCGUUUGCAACCCUGACGGAUUUUCCUUGUUCACCGACGUUGCGUUUUAUCUCGACUGGAUUGUCGAAAACUCUCCCGACAUCUUCUUUCAAUAAUUUCGAAAAUAAAUAAUAUUUGCAUGCAUUAAUUAUUUUAAAAAUACACAAUUUUUUUCUCGUGAUGACAGCAAAAUAAACAAUUAUUUUUAAUAAA